AUGGCGUUACUGGUGAACUACUCCGACAGCGAGGACGGAUCCGCGAACGAGAGUCCAGCCCCAGCACCGAAAGUGACGCCCGCGGCGAAGCCAGCAUUCCAGAAAGCAGCACCAGGAAAACUACAGGUCAGCCUGCCGAGCCUGAAGCCAGAGCCAGGACAGAAUGGCGAGGACGGGACAGAUGGUCGUCCAGCGAAAAGAGCGAGGACAGGUGGUGCAUUCAGUGGCUUCAAUGCGCUUCUCCCAGUGCCAAAGAAACCUGCCACAGCAACACUGAAGAAGGGCGUGAACUUGAAGACAAGCAGCGAGGCGGCAUUCAGUCGCAACCCGCUUCCACAACGAACAGACGAUGAGGAGACAUACACGGCACCAGAUCUCAACGAUGUUGGAGAGGCAAAGACAGAGCAGAAGAAGGAUGACGCUCCACCUGAGCCGAAACUCGUAGGCAAGGCUACAAGAUUCCUACCUCUGAGCGUAUCGAACAAGAAGAAGAAAAAGCCGCUGCCCAAGAUACCUACCGAUGACAUGACGAAGCUCAAAACGAACGGCGCGUCUGCGCAAUCCGUCGCUGCAUCCGACGACAUUCCUGCGGUAGCCGAGCCAUCCAAGCCAAAGCCUAAGAAGUCAUUAUUUUCCGUCACGCAGGAAGAAGAUGAUAUCCCACCCGAGGCCAGCACAAACGAAUACGAAUCAGUGACCGCGUCGCAUUCACAAGUCAAUUCGCAAAUACCAUCACAACCUACGCAUGCAGCACCACCGGCUCCAAGCAACCCAAACUCUCUGGAAGCAGUAGCAGCGGACAUGAACCUCACAGCAGCUCAAAGACGCCAGCUUUUCGGUCGCAACGCCAAAGAGGUCAAUGUGAGACACUUCGAUCUGGAUGCACAGUACGCUGAGAACGAGCGGGCAAGGGCAGCGGGUGAAGUGGUUGAGCAUCGGGCUGUCAAGGCGGUGGCGCCGGGUAAGCACAGCCUGCAGCAGUUGGUAAAUAAUGCGCAAACGCAGCAGGAUGCGCUGAAGGACAAGUGGGCGGAGGGAAAGAGGGCUCGUGGAGAAGGUGGGAGUAAGUAUGGGUGGAGUACGGGAUGA